AUGUUGGAGUAUUCCAUCGUGUUUCAAGUCCUUACAACUCUCUCUCUCUUUGGUAACCAUUUGCUAUAUGGACCAAUGACUUGGACCGAGCAUUUAAACACAACCAAACUAUCACCAUCUUGGAUAUUGAUCGAGGAGAUUCUUUUGAAUCAUACAAAUAAUAUAAAAUGGCAUCACCAGAUGAAAUGGAUCCCAGUAAGUACUUAUAGGGAUGGAGUUGACUUGCUAGGCAAUAUUGAACAAUUUGUUGAAGAGAGUUUGGGAACGAUAGGUGGCCUGUUUGGUGAAGAGAAUACACAUCAAGUAUGGGUAGAUGCAAACAAAUCACCAACACCCUCUGGAUCAGGUUUCAAUAAACGUUUGAUCGUUGUUGGUAAAUACAAAUUAAUGUCUUUAAAGAAAGGUGCUUUUGGUAAAUCUAUUGAAAUAGAAUGUCAUCUUUAUAAUAUAUCAGAGAUUAUGUAUCUUGAUAAUGAUGAAACCAUUGUCAUUAAAUACAUUAAUCCAGAGACACCAAAUGAUCUCGGUUUGGGAAUUACUUGCAAGGCAUCGUUGGAGAAACUUCAAAACUUGGUACUCGCCAUUAGAAAGAGUUAUCGUCAAAUUACUUGUGGAUUCCCUCAAGAACAUAGUUUUAAAUUAACAUUCCCAGAUAACAAAUUAUUACCAUAUGAUACUCCUUUGGUAAUGUCACCAGCCAAUGGAUUUAUUGAUACAUAUAUUGCACAUAGUUAUUUCUACAAGACUGUUAGUACAUUGGAUUUUAUUAGAUAUGUAGAAUCUAUUGUUCAAAAUGGUAGUACUGAAUUGGAUUUUACUCAGUGUCCAGGUAUUGAUCCAACCUCUGAAAUUAGUUUUAAUCUUUUCACUGCUAUUGUUUCAUUACGUCAUAAUACCUAUUUCAGAUCAGUUGAUUUAUCUGGUUUACCACAUGCCAACAUUAUAUCUGCAUUAGGAAUGUGUUUAGAGACAAAUAGAACAUUGACUAAAUUAAAUAUAUCAAAUCUACGUAUUGAACAAUCAUUCCAACCAAUUGCAACAUCAUUGGUUAGAAAUAGUAGCAAUAGAAUUCAAAUGUUGGAUAUCUCUAAAAACUCAAUCAUCUAUCCAGUCAUGAUUACCCUCACCGAAUGUUUUUCAAGAAUUCAACAUGGUCUAGUUAGUCUUGAUUUAUCAAAAUGUGAAUUACAACCAAGAACUGUAGUAAUAUUAUUUGAAUCAUUUGAAAGAAAUUUUGGAAUGUCAUUGGCAAUGAGAUAUUUGAAUUUAUCAAAUAAUAAGAUGGGAGAUUUAGGAUCGAGUGCGUUGGCGUCGUGGAUGAGUAAAAUCAAGGGGUAUCACAACUUGGAGAAUUUGGGUCCGGACGGCGACCAGCUCGCUGCCCUGCUCGCACAGUUUAUUUCAGCGUUCCCGGCCGUACGCACACUCAACGUCGCUGGAGGUCGCUACCCACUCGGCAAGUCGUUGUUCCCGCUGCUCGAACAGUUGGUCAAGAACCAGUCGUUGCGCGAGAUUGACAUUUCAGAGAAUGGUAUGACCGACGCCAUGUCGUCGAUUAUCGGUGAGAUGUUGCGUGCCAACUCGACCCUGGUCUACCUCAACAUUGACGAGAACCAGUUUGCAUCGCUCGACUCGAAUAGCUAUGUCUCUGAAUACGCCAAUCGUCUACCAUACAUUGUCACCAACCUCCCCUCGUCGGGCUAUGUCCCACUCGUACCCGUACCCGACCAUCUCUCGGCCCUCCCACCUCCACCCUCUCCAUCGGCCGAAUCUCCCAACUCGGCCACCGCUGUCGCCAGCAAGAUCAUGAGCUCUAGUGCCAGUCUUGUCACCAACGGCAUCAGCAAUCUUCUCGGCAGCUCAGACUCUCAACACAAAAAGACACAUAAAAAGGUUGACAGCAACGGCAGCAACAGUAGUGUCACUAGUCAGCUAUCAAUGAAUGGUAAUGGUCCCAAACAGUCAGUUGUCCAACAACAUACUCCUCCUAUCCAUCAACAACAACAACAACAACAACAACAAACAACUGUAGUACCACCACAAGUACAAACUAUUCAACAACCUGCUGCAUCAGUAGCUUCACCACCAAUCCAACAACAACAUACUGCCGCUCCAUAUGCAGUAAACUCUGCAUUCCUUGCCAACACUUCCAAUCUACCAUUACGUAAUGCACCAACCACUUCGUCUGAUUGGAAUCCAGAUGAAACAAGCGAGUUUGAAGUUUUUGAUAGUCAAAGUCAAGGUUCAUUUGUAAAUUAUAGUGAUUCACCAAGUGAUAAUUAUAGUCAAAGUGAUGAAGGAUCAGAACACGAAUCUUCAAAUGAUAAAAGAUCUUCAAGAAAAAAAAAAUCAAUCAAAAAUAACGGCGGUAACAUCACUCCAACAAAUAAUAAUAAUAAUGUAAAUUCUAAUCUUGCUACUGAAGAAUCAGUUCAAUAA